GAUGGAUGGGAAUAUUUGACGGCUGCUCAGACUCAGGGAGGUGGUGAAGGUGCCGCCGGAGCUGCUGCCGGAGAUAGCGAUUCCGGUGAUUGGCGGACUCAUUUUCUGCCGGAAUCUCGUCGAAGGAUUGCCAUCAAGAUAAUGGAGACCUUAAAGAGGCAUGCUCCUGUCCAUGUGCAAGACAGAGGACAGAAGGUUAUGGAAAUUGCAGUGAAGUUUGAGGAAAAGAUGUAUAAUGCUGCUAAAAGUCAGGAUGAUUAUCUGAAGAAAAUAUCCCUAAAGAUGCUGAAAAUGGAGACUAACUAUCAAAAUCCUCUGACCAAUUCUUUACAUCCCAAUACUGCAAGUAGUGGUCUCAAUGCCCAUGGCCAAGAGAUGACAAUGGAAGCUACUUCCUAUGAGGCUACUUCUGGACCGGAGGAUAGUGACAAAGAAGCAAUGGAAGAGGAAGAUGGGAACGUGUCAAAGGAGGAUGUUGUGGAGGAGGUGGUGGUUAGAAAGGAGCAAACUCUUUUGUUGGGCACAGAGGUAAUGUCGGAGUUGGGGAAAAUGAGCAGGAAUCUAGCUCCAACGAAGCUAUUGGGAGGCCUUCAGUAUUUUUCAAUUAAAAGGACACCUUUAGAUUCUUCAACUCAGAUGGGAAAUGCAAAUGGAGCUGAUCGGCAGGAAGAGCUUUACCAAAAGAUCAAGUCUAUGAAGGAAAUGUAUUUAUCGGAGCUCAAUGAUAUAUACCAGAAAAUUUCUUCUAAAGUGCAGCAGAAAGGAAUUUGCUUAGGUCAGAAAUUGAGAUGGAUGGGAAUAAUUUGACGGCUGCUCAGGCUCAGGGAGGCGGUGAAGGUGCCGGAGCUGCUGCUGGAGAUAUGGAUUCCGGUGAUUGGCGGACUGGACUUGUGCUCUAUACUCGUCAAAGGAUUGUCAACAGAAUAAUGGAGGAUAUUAAGAGGCAUUUUCCUGUCGUUGGGCAAGACAGAGUACAAGGUGAUAUCAGGGAAAUUGCAGUGAGUUUUGAGGAGAAGAUGUAUAAUGUUGCUACAA